UACUUUUGUAAGGAUAUGCAUGAUUGUUGAUCACCACCUUUUUCUUCUUCCCCUCCUAGAUGCCCAUUAUUUUCACUCUGCCUGAAAAAAACAGCACCUUCCACCCAUUUCCAUGGAAAAGCUUCAGCCUUGCCAGAUUCUUUUCAUUCUAUUUCCUUUCCUAACCAUUCAAUUCUGUUUUCUCAUUCUUCCCUCCUCAGGUUACACUCCUCCUGAUAAGUACUUCAUUAAUUGUGGAUCACAGUCCAACGCCAGUCUUGGGCAGCGAACUUUUGUUGGCGACCUCUCUUACCCUGAUGGUUCUGUGAAGAGCAGCAGCCAAUCAGAAAAUACUUCACUUUAUCAAACUGCAAGAGUUUUCAACAAAUCAUCUUCAUAUCGUUUGCACAUCUAUGAGACAGGAAGGAAAGGCAAUUUCAGUGGGUUGUUGUGUCAUGGCUUGCAUACUACCUACAGGAUCAAUGUUGGAGGUUCCAACCUCACAGCAGAUAACGAUAGGCUGUGGAGAAAUUGGAUACCUGACGAUGAUUUCUUGACUUACCCUGAAACUGCAAAGAACAGUUCAUUCUUUUCUGGGCAACUGCCUAAGGGUCCGCAGAAUACUGAGUAUGUUGCUCCUGAUCUUGUAUAUAGGACUGCUAAAGAAUUGAAGCAGACAAAUUUUUCCAAUAUAACUUGGGGUUUCAAUGUCAGCAAGAAUUCUCAUUACCUUGUUCGGGUACACUUUUGUGACAUUAUUAGUACACAACAUGAUGCUCUCAAGUUCUAUUUUCAUAUUUAUAGCAACUUCAGUGCGAAUAUCAGUUCUUAUGACAUAACUAGACUUCUGGCAUCACCGUUUUACUUUGAUUUUGUUGUUGAGUCAGAUAAUUCUGGAUUCAUAAAUGUAAGUGUGCAUCGACUCAAUGAUUCUGAACUCAAUGAUUUUGCAACUAAAAAUGCCAUUUUGAAUGGACUGGAGAUUAUGAAAAUGCUGAAAAAAUCACAGAAACCCAAGAAGAAAACUCAGCCUAUUAUGGUUGGUUCAGUAAGUACUUUGCUAUUUGUUGUGGUCUUAAUAAUAGGUUUACUGGUGAUCCUGAAAUCCAGAAGAACAAAAUCUUAUAGGACUUCAGGUAGGCCAUUUUCUAUGCCUCUUUAUGGAGGAAGUUCUUAUAAUUGGUCGUCUGAAAGAACUGCCAAUGUGUCCAUUGCUCCUGACUUGAAACUGGCAUUGAAGAUACCAUAUGUUGAAAUACAGCGCGCAACGAAGAACUUCAAUUCAAAAUUGAUGAUUGGAGAGGGUGGGUUUGGGAAAGUCUACAAAGGAAUACUCCGUGAAGGUGUACAAGUGGCAGUGAAAAGAAGUGAACCAGGUCAUGGGCAGGGUAUUUUGGAAUUCCAAACUGAGAUUAUGGUCUUAUCCCAAAUUCGCCACCGUCAUCUUGUUUCCUUGAUUGGAUAUUGUGAUGAGAGGUCUGAAAUGAUAUUGGUUUACGAAUUUAUGGAAAAGGGUACUCUGAGAGAUCAUCUUUACAUAUCAGAUGCGGAUUCUGAAAAGUCAACUUCACGAUCUGAACUGUCAUGGGAGCAAAGACUUAAAAUUUGCAUUGAUUCUGCAAAGGGACUUCAUUAUCUGCACACUAGCUUAGCAACGAGAAUCAUUCACCGUGAUGUUAAGUCAACAAACAUCCUGCUUAAUGAAGAUUAUAUAGCUAAAGUUGCUGAUUUUGGUCUUUCUAAGUCAGGUCCUCUGGAUCCAGACGAGAACACAGGUGUAAAAGGCAGCUUUGGUUAUCUGGAUCCUGAAUAUUUUAUGUGCCUACAAUUGACAGAAAAAUCAGAUGUUUACUCUUUCGGAGUGGUACUUCUUGAGGUGCUUUGUGCCAGACCAGCUAUUAUGACCACCGAUCGGAGGGAGGAGGUGAACUUAGCAGAAUGGGGGAUGCUUUGGCAAAAGAAAGGGCAGCUUGAAAAAAUUAUUGAUCCUGCUCUGGUAGGUACCAUCAACUCUAGUUCAUUGCGAAAAUUUGGUGAAACUGCUGAGAAAUGUUUGAGGCCUAAUAGCGUGAAGAGGCCUAUGAUGCAUGAUGUGUUGUGGGACUUGGAAUUUGCAUUGCGGCUUCAGCAAACUUCAAAGCACACAGAUAUAGAUGAUGACAGCAUGAACAGUGCACCUAUGGAACUGGCAUUUCAAAUUGUAGAUCACCUUCCAUCUCAUAGAGUACCAGCUGAAGAAGACGAUUCAUUUGCAGGAGGUGAUGAUAGUAGAGUUAAUGGCUAGUGGGGUGUUCUCCCAACUGAAAAUUGAUGCUGGCAGAUAAUCUCGACUGGUCAGAUUCAGGAUGAAUCAUGCAUGUUUCUCCACAUCUUUCUUCUACUUCUUCUUCUUCUUCUUCUUCCUCUCUCUCUCUCUCUCUCCCUCUUCUUUUGAAUCUCUGAUGAGUCAACCUUAAUUUCUUAUGGCUUGAAUGUAAUCCUUAAAGUCUGUAGACGAGAUUAUGUCAUUAAUUCCUAAAUAUAAUAAAAUUUCUAAAUAAUAUAGCUAGAGGGACUCGUGUCCUUCCUCAGCCUCCUCAAGACGUUCAGCAACGCUUGUUAAAUGACUUGGUGUUUCAUA